UUGGUGGGCGGAGCCUGAGACAGCGUAGCCUGGCUUCCUCCUCCUCUCGCUUCACAGCGGAGGCAUCAGGCGCGCCAUGGAGCGGCGAUGGUGGUUCGUACGGGCGGCGUCUGUGUUGCUGUUGGCGGCGGGGCUGUGCUUGGCUGCAGCGGAUGAAGAAGGAGCUCAGGAAGAGUCCUUUGAAUCAAAGACAACCUUGCCUUCUGAAGAACAAGUGAAAGACCAUUCAGCAGGAACCCAAGUGGUAGCAGGUCAGAUCUUCAUUGACUCUGAGGAACAAGAAGCACACACUGAAGAAGGAGCAAGUUUCAGGAGCCAAGAGGAAGAGAAGGAAAGGAUUUUGGAGGAGAUAGAUUCUCUAGAACUGUCAACCUUACUAAAUAAGGGCUUGGAAGAGGUAGAAACACAAAAACCAGUUUUGACAGCUAUUGGUGGAACUGCAGAUGGUGAACCAUGCCACUUCCCUUUUCUAUUCCUGGAAAAGGAGUACUCAGAGUGUACUGUGGAUGGGAGAGAAGAUGGCAGGCUCUGGUGUGCAACAACUUAUGACUACAAAAGUGACCAAAAGUGGGGAUUCUGUGAGACUGAAGAGCAAUCUAAUAAGAGAAGGCAAAUGCAAGAGGCAGAGGAUGUUUACCAAAGUGGGAUGAAAAUCCUUAAUGAAAGCAGUAAAAAAGCUCAAAAGAAAGAAGCCUAUCAGUAUCUUCUGAGAGCAGCUGAUAUGAAUCAUACAAAGGCGAUGGAAAAAGUGUCUUAUGCUAUGUUGUUUGGAGACUACCUGAAGCAAAACAUUCAGUCAGCUAAAGAACUCUUUGAGAAAUUAACUGAAGAAGGUUCUCCUAAAGGGCAGACAGCCCUUGGAUUUCUCUAUGCGUCUGGCCUUGGUGUUGAUUCCAGCCAGGCUAAGGCACUGGUUUAUUACACUUUUGGAGCUCUUGGAGGAAAUCUGAUAGCCCAUAUGAUUUUGGGCUACCGGUACUGGGCUGGGAUAGGAGUUCUUCAGAGCUGUGAAUCUGCACUUACACAUUAUCGUCUAGUAGCCAACCAUGUGGCAAGUGACAUCUCUCUGACAGGAGGCACAGUAGUACAGAGAAUUCGCCUGCCAGAUGAAGUAGAAAAUCCAGGAAUGGCAAGUGGAAUGCUAGAGGAAGAUUUGAUACAAUAUUACCAGUUUCUUGCUGAAAAGGGAGAUGUUCAAGCACAGGUUGGACUUGGGCAAUUACAUCUGCAUGGAGGAAGAGGAGUAGAGCAAAAUCAUCAGAGAGCUUUUGAAUACUUCAAUCAAGCAGCUGGUGCUGGCAACUCCCAUGCAAUGGCAUUUUUGGGGAAGAUGUACUCAGAAGGAAGUGAUAUUGUACCUCAGAACAAUGAAACUGCUCUUCAAUACUUCAAGAAAGCUGCUGAUAUGGGUAAUCCAGUAGGACAGAGUGGACUGGGAAUGGCUUAUCUGUAUGGAAGAGGUGUUCCAGUGAAUUAUGAGUUGGCACUUAAAUAUUUCCAGAAGGCAGCAGAACAAGGAUGGGUGGAUGGACAGCUUCAGCUGGGCUCCAUGUAUUACAAUGGAAUUGGAGUCAAGAGAGACUAUAAGCAAGCUUAUAAGUAUUUUAAUAUGGCUUCCCAGGGAGGCCAUAUUCUAGCCUUCUAUAACCUGGCACAGAUGCAUGCCACUGGCACAGGUGUGAUGCGUUCCUGUCAUACUGCAGUCGAGCUAUUUAAGAAUGUCUGUGAAAGAGGACGUUGGUCUGAGAGGCUUAUGGCUGCCUACAACAGUUACAAAGAUGGUGAUACAAAUUCUGCAGUUGUUCAGUAUCUUCUAUUGGCAGAACAAGGCUACGAGGUUGCACAAAGCAAUGCUGCCUUUAUUCUUGAUCAGAAAGAGGCUAGCAUAAUAGAAGAGAAUGAGACUUACCCUAGAGCUUUACUUCACUGGAACAGAGCAGCUUCUCAAGGUUAUACUGUUGCUAGACUGAAACUUGGUGAUUACCACUUCUAUGGGUUUGGCACUGAAAUCGAUUAUGAAACAGCAUUUAUUCACUACCGCCUGGCAACAGAGCAACAGCACAGUGCCCAAGCUAUGUUUAAUUUAGGGUAUAUGCAUGAGAAAGGGCUUGGAAUCAAGCAGGAUAUACAUCUUGCAAAACGCUUCUAUGACAUGGCAGCUGAUGCUAGUCCAGAUGCUCAGGUCCCUGUCUUCCUUGCACUCUGUAAACUAGGAAUCAUUUAUGCCUUCCAGUAUGUACAGGAAACUAAUAUCAAAGAGGUGUUCUCACAUCUUGACAUGGACCAGCUCUUGGGCCCUGAGUGGGACCUCUACCUCAUGACCAUCAUUGCUUUGCUUCUGGGUACAAUUAUAGCUUACAGGCAGAGGCAACAUCAGGCAAUCCCAAGGCCUGCAGGGCCGCGGCCAGCUGUGCCUCCCCAGGAGCCUGCGCCAGAACAUCAGGCAGCACAGUAGCAGAACCAGGGGUCUUAGUGAAGCAAACUGGAUUUUCAACCUGGAACAGCUCAUGUGAUUUUGUGACACCAGAUCAAAUGGCCACAUCUGCAAGAGAUACACAUACACACAUUCUGAAAACAGUUUAGAGCUAUGCCUUUUUUUCAGGGAUGAGCAUCUUUCUUCAAGAUGGAGUUGAAUGUUAUUUCAGUGCCAAUGGAAUAACAAAGCAGCUUUUUGUGAAGCAAAAGUGUACUACUUCAAAAGUGAUGCCUGCUGUAUCCACAUUGUUCAGUGCUCUUUUGAAUUAUUCCUCAAUAGGUUGAACGCCCUGUGGAAGUUGCACUAAACAGAAAGGAAAAUAUUGUGUAGCUCAGUACAAGAAAAUCAGGCCUGUGCUUUUCCACUAAGUAGUUUUUUAAAAGGGUGCUCUUAUCAAAGUGCAUUCUGCAUUUUGAUAAACUUUGAUUUACUUUCUGGCUCUCCCAAUUAUUUCUAAAUCAUUUUAAUCCCUUAUUAGUAUGUUGCACCCUUUUGAUGCUGUAACUUGGGUCUACCAGUCAUAAGAAGGAUAUAAAGACAAUCAGUAAAUAUGGUAAAUAUACUUCAGAUUCUCUGUGCUCUGUAGGUAUCCUUCCUAUUUUGGAUAUAGUCUUUUCCUAAUAGCAGGGAUUGAGGUAUGAAUUGCACUAUCAAAGAGAAAAUUUAAUUUAACAGCAACAACAAAAAACCACAAUGUGUGUAAAACUCAGAUAUGUUUGAUUAAGCCUGCCUACAACUUGCAGUGUUCUCCUGCCAUCCCCCAAAUACACAAGGUAACUUUUUUCAGUCUUUCUUUUCUUAAUUGUUCCACAAAUAUGCCAAGAUUAGCCAAGCAGUGGACUGGAAAAAGUACCAAUUUUAAUCAAUUUCAGAAAACCCCUUUAAUACAGUCUCAUAUUCAUUCUCUCUCUCUCUCUCUCUCUCUCUCUCUCUCUCUCUCUCUCUCGCAUUUGUAGCUGCUUUACUUUUCAGUUUCAUCAUGAUCCAGUUUUAAUGAGCUAGACUUAAUUAAAUAUCAUAGUGGCAGGGGAUUGUGGAGCUAUUUGAUAUGUAAUCUGCAUACCUCUCUAAAAUACAUAAUCUUUUUUUUUAAAAAAUGCACAUGCAGUCUAGCGUGCAUAGCACUAUAUUAGCAUAUACUAAACUGUUCUAAAGGUAUUAGUUAAUAACAGUCUUACCAUUUAGAUUAUGCCAGUUUGACAGCAGAAUUCCCUGUGACAGUCCUGAUCUGAGUAGAGGACAUGUGGUUUUUAACCUUCUUGCAGAUUGGGGCUGUUCAUUAGAGAGAUUGUGGGGAUGUCUAAAGCUGAAUGUCACAAAGCAGGAACUAAGGGUUGAGUUACAGUGGAAAAUAUAAUUCAAAAGUUUGCCAUGCUAUGAAAUCAACUAAAACAUGUUCUAGGCAGUGACAUGAUUGUGGGAUUCAUGUUUUUUAACAUAUUGUUCUUUUUAAAAUAACACAGAUUAAAACUACAAGAAUAGCUUUCUGAGGACUAAAAAACAUGUUCCUUUCUACUACUACAGUAGCAGGAGCAGAUGUCUGUUUCUAUAGAGCAUCAUAUUAGCUGCCUGUCCUCUUGAAAGCAUUGUUGCUUUUGAGUCACAUUCUUUAGAAGGUAGCUCUCAUGUGGAUCAUUUAAGAAGGAUACAACCUACCUUUCCACAGAGCUUUUGUUAGGUAAGCAUUUGAUUUAUAUUUGGAGCAACAGGGGCAUCUUCUAAAAUGAAAGACACUAUGUCUCUCAGAUGUAAGGAUAGUGUUGAACAAGACUGCCUUGCUAGUAAUUUAUUCUAGAAAUUCUGGGAAGAACUUCUAGCAGCAGGACAUUUUGUGGCAUAACAACAGUAUUGUGAAGAUAGAAAAUCUUGUGUGGAACCUUGGAACAUUUUGCACCCAGCAAAUAGAUGAGAUUAAAAUCUCUUACCAUGAAUAAAAGUAUCCAUAAUUUUGACAAAAAGGAACUGGCACAGUUGAAAGUAUCUAUACAGGCUGCAGUUUAGAGGAGCAAUCUGCAUGGUGAAACAAUUAUUUUUUUACCAUUUCAGGAGUUCUCACAGCCCUAGAGACAAACUUCAUAAUAAAACCUGCAACUAUGAAAAUGUUCAACUUGUUAGAAAUGGUGGUUGCAAAUAUUUGUAAUUUGUGUAAAGUACUAUAGCAGAAAUCCAAAAAUACUUAAUUUUAUUGAUAUUUAAACAGUGACAGAAUUCUUCAUGUUUCAUUGGAAUAAAAUGUCACUUCUCUGGGUCACAGUAACUACAUAGUAUUCAUGUAUUUCCAAAGUCUUUUAGCACCAAUGUUACAUUUAAUUGCUAUUGUAGAUACAUGUUGCACUCCUAUUUUUUUUUUUCAUUGAUGGAAGGACACGAUGGUUUGGUUUCUCUGUUAUCUCCAUCUAAAUGAAGCACCCAUUGCCACAUAUGCAGUUAAAAACUUUGAGAAAUAACCAAACCACCUGAUUUCUUCCCUACCAAUGGUGGAAAAAAAUCAAAAUAAGCAAUAAGCAAUUUGUUUUCUCAGAUUCUGCUAUUGCUGAGUCUAUUUAAAGGAAAUCCAUUAUGGAUGUGACAUAGUAGAAUACAUAGAAAAACAUCAAGUUAACUCAGGGAUUUAAGAACGUUGCGUAGACCUAGGUUAUCUGACAAGAAUUUGAUAUCUUUGAAUACCCUCUUCUAUUCUUUCUUAACCUUUUAAAAUUUCUUUCAAACUAGAUCUAGCAUUUGUCAGUAUGAAAAUUGCUCGCAUUCAGCUGGUACUAGGAAAAUAGGCCUUGACUUGUAAGUUUUCUUGUGGGUUGUGAUCUUAGUGAGUAUCCACUUAACUGUGCAAGGGAUGCCUUGUUAGAAGUAAAGGGAGGAACAGCCUUAUAGGACCUAGUUUUAAAUGUGUUAAUUGACAUAAAUGAAACGGUUGAGUUCGGUCUGUGAAAAUAUCCCAAAAGCAGAGGCUGUGCAAUGAAAAGUUGUCUCCUUUACCACCACCAUCCCCCCGAAUAAAUAUUUUUGUCCAGGAAGGAUUAGAACAUAUAAAGGAACUGACUGAAAAGUUACUAAAAACCUCUCAGUUUGUAACAUCUUUAAAAGUUGCUUAAGUAGGUGUUCUGAAUGUGAGCAGCAUGUUUCACAGAACAGGAUUAUAUUUUGCUUUGAUAAACAUUGCAUACCUGAAUGUAAGUAGUGCUCUUCAUGUUUACAGAAAUUUGUCCUGAGACUUGCACAUAGAGAAAUAAUAGUCUUUGAGUGGGGAGUUACACAAGUCUUCAAUCGCUAAACUGGGAACGAACAGGUUAUUUUAAAUAAUAGUUGCUGUUUUGCCACAGAUCUGUGUUGAGGCUUGUAGGUUCUGCCUUUGUCUUCUUGGUAGCCGUCACACGUAUAGCAUAAAUCAGAUAUGCACAGUGUGGUUGUGUGUGAGCGAAGAUUGCACUAUUGUGACUAUUAUCCUUGAGGGAAUAAAGUAAGAGAGAGGAGCUUGCCUUUAAGAGCUAAUGCUGGUGUAUUAGGAAAAGUGUUUCCCACUAAAUAGAAAUGUACAGCACUCCAGCUAAAGGUAGCCAUUUUUUUCAAUGAUAGGUAACCUCAUUGAAACUAAUGAAACAUGUUUGUGACUGAUGUCUGACUUCACAUGAUGCUGAGUUUGGUGCAAAAAUAGAACUUGCAUGAAGAUUCAAGCAAAUUGUAUUGGGUAUAAAAAGUAAUUAGCUCUUGUAUGUGCGACAAUAGGGCAUCAGUGUCAUGCAUCUCAUCCAGAGAUCUUUGAUGCAACUGAUGUGUUCCCUUAAUUUCAGUGGAACUGAGGUUGCUGUCCUGUGCACUCUUGCCUGGUUCUAUGUCUCUUUUGACACAGCAGGACUUACUUCUGAGUAAAAUCAUUCAGGAUCAGGCUGAAAGUCAUGGUAAUUUGAAGCUAGAUUAGGGCCAGAACUUGCACCCUGAUAUUUCUAAAGAAGAUUAAAUUCCAUCUAAUUUGAUUACAAGGAUGGAAAGUCUCCCAGUUCUUUGCUAUUUUAAACAGAGCAUGAUAAACAGAAUUUUCCCAGAUUUUUAAAAGGUCGGUAUGAUUACAGAAAUGCAACUGAAUAUGUACAGUUGGAGAGGGCUAGUGAGAAAAGUUUUUUGUCUACUGUUAGCCCAAGAUGCUAAGAGUAUAUAAGGAGUUUUGUACAUUUUAUUUUGUAUUUAAAAUGAUGCAGUAUAAAGGCUGGAAAAGUGUAAUAUAAAUGUGUAAACAAAUCCUGUUAAUAGAAAGGUGUACAGAUUCAUUUUGUACUAUAUCUUGUUGAAUAAAUAUGCCACUUUUGUGAUUGGCCUGUAAUGCUA